AUGGUCAAAGAUCUGUCCAGCGAAUUGCCUUUGUACAAGUAUGUUGACGAUUGUGCAAUCUCUGAAGUCGUUAGAGUAUGUCAACCGGACCUACCAAAAUUACAGCAAGAACUUGACAACGUGACCCAGUGGUCAAGUGCGAACAACAUGAAGUUGAACGUUAAUUUUAAAAAAAAUAAAGAUUUUACCGUGUCAUUUUUGAUCAAUCAACCCUUGACGCAACCCUUGAUUGUCAAUAACCAACCCCUGGAGGCUGUUAAUACCAUCAAGCUCCUGGGG